ACACCGACGCAAACCAGAGAAAAAUGGCGUCCGCAUGAAAAUUUUUCUGUUGUUGUCGAUGAAAUAACCAUUGAAUCGUGUAUUGGUCUAGAUGCAAUUGCCCUUAAAUAAAACUAAAACAUUGUGAAUGAAUGAUAAUGGCGUUGCCGAGCAACUACAAGCAGAUAGCAGUGGGUGCGCCAACGGGGCCCGGGCCGGUGACACCGCUCCAAGGCGGCAGCCGGUCUCGUUCGUCUGGCGGCGGUGGCGGUGGGGACCGGAACAAGGACCAAACGCCCAUCUUUACCCACAGCAACUAUGGUAAUCCGGCCUUCACACCACAGAAGGUGACGAAAUCAUCGAGCAGCAAGAACCAGAACGAAUCACGCCUGCCCAAGCCACCGAAGCCGCCAGAAAAGCCCAUACUGCCCUACAUGCGGUACUCAAAGCGAGUGUGGGACAUGGUGAAGGCCCAGAACCCGGAGCUGAAGCUGUGGGAGCUGGGCAAAAAGAUCGGCGCCAUGUGGAAGCUGCUCAGCGAUGAGGAGAAAACGGAAUUCAUCGACGAGUACGAGGCGGAGAAGGUGGAGUACGAGAAGGCGCUCAAGGCAUACCACCAGACGCCCGCCUAUCAGUCGUACAUGUCCGCCAAGAGCAAGUUCAAAUCGGAUGUGGAUAUGCACGAGACGCCGUCCCGAGGCGGUGGCAGCAAAUCCCACGAGCGUCGCAUCGACAUACAGCCGGCGGAGGACGAAGAUGACCUGGAUGAGGGCUACACGGCCAAGCAUAUGGCGUAUGCUCGGUAUCUGCGCAAUCAUCGCCUGAUCAAUGAGAUCUUCUCGGAGGCUGUGGUGCCGGAUGUCCGAUCCGUGGUCACCACCACCCGGAUGCAGGUGCUCAAGCGGCAGGUGAGCUCCCUGACGAUGCACCAGACCAAACUGGAGGCGGAGCUGCAGCAAAUGGAGGAGAAGUUCGAGGCCAAGAAGCAGCGCAUGGUGGAGUCCAGUGAGGCCUUCCAAGAGGAGCUGAAGCGGCAUUGCAAGCCCGCUGUCGAUGACGACACCUUCCAGAAGAUGGUGCACCGCAUGUACGAGGACAUCAAGCGUGAUCGUCAGCGGCUAGACGAGCCCAGCAAUGCCAACAAUAGCUCCACGACCGGCCCCGUCUCGGCAUCCGUUGCUGGUGGUCCCACUGUGGCCAGUAGGAACGAGGAGGCCUCCAAACAGCAGCAGCCACCGACGCAGCCCGGCCAACCGUCUGCAACGCCUGCGCCAGCACAAGACGCGCUACCGGGAGCAUUGACACCAGCGAAAGAAACGCCAGCGACGCCGGUGACGGUCAAGCCGCCACAGCCUAAUCCAGUGCCAAUACCAGCACCUGCGGCGCCGGUGGUGCAUGUCCAUGAAACUGCAAGCAAGACGGAUCCGGAGCCCAUGGAUAUUGAGCCACCGCCAAAGCCCUCAGUUCCUCCGCCACCCAUCAAGCCAGAAAAGCUGGAAAUGGCCGCUGCACUGCCACCACAGUCGACGGUGACGAUAGGAGAACCGCCCAAGGAUGUGCUGAAGGUGCUGCCACCCACUAAGGUGCCAACGCCGACGCCCGUGCCAACUCCCACACCGCCACCGCCGAUGGCUGUUAGCGAGGUGACAGGAGCUAACCCUAGUGCACCGGGAUCUGUUCCAGCGGCAGCGACGACGCCAACGCCACCGCCACCAAAUGUACAGCAGCAGCAGACACCACUGCCGCCACAGCAACAACAGCAGCAGCAGCAGCAGGCACCACCACAACAACAGCAGCAGCAGCAGCAACAACAGCAAGUGGCCCCUCCCCCAGGAAUGCCGCAGAUGCAUCCACAUCCUGGCCAUCCGCCACCGGGCCAUCCGCACAUGCCACCGCAUAUGACGCCGCAUCAGCCGCCGCCAGGAAUGCCGGGUCUGCCGCCGCCGCCACCACACACGGGUUAUGCCAACUAUGGGGGACCGCCGCACGGUCCACCACCGCCGGGCGGUCCAACACGGUCGCCGUACUACCAGCCUCAGUACGGUGGCCAUCCCACGCCGCAGCCCUACUAUGCACCCUUCUCCCCCUAUCAGCAAUCUUACGGACCACCGCCCGGCUCACACUACAUGUCGCCGCGUCCACCGCCCCAGCACAAUGGGAAUCCGGGUCCGGGCGUGCACUAUGCACCCGAGCACGGCAAUAACCCACCUCCGCCACCACAGCAACAACAGCAGCAACAACAACAACAACAACAGCAGCAGCAGCAGCAACAACCACCUCCGGGACAUCUGCACGAGCCGAGCGGAGCAGCAGUCGCCGGAGUCGGAGCCGGUGUGGGUGUGGGCGUCUACGGCCAGCAACCUCAGCCACCUCAGCAAGCAGCACCUCCCAGCGGCGGAGUCGGAGCAGGAGCAGCGACGACACCAAGCGGACCACCACCAGCAGCACCCGGAGCGGCAACUGGCGAGAAUGCGGCCCCGACACCCGUAACAGCGGUGGCACCACCACCCGGCAGCAAGCACGGAGUAGAUGCGGAAAAGCAGGAGACGGCAGACUAACUGGGACUUUUACCUCCCCCCAUACCCAUACCCAUACCCAUGGCUAGGUGCAUCUCAAUCAGAUCCUAGUUGUAGUUUUUAAAUUAUUAUUGAUACAUCUCUUUUUUAUACGUGACGUCCUCCCCCUCGCCCCCGUGUUGUAACAUAGCUCCCGCCCGUCCCGUACACCAGAGGUUGCCUCCUCCCCUAACAUUGAUCCCUUGAUUGAUAUCUUGAUAUAUCUCCAUCCCCGCCCCCUCUGCGAUCAAGUGGGACGACAAAACAUUUUCAUUAUGUAAUAAGUUGAAUACUUAUAUCUCCCCUACCCCUCUUUUUUUGUCUGCUCUAAAUAAAUAUUACUUUGUAAGUC